AUGUGCUCCAUAAGCAGGGAUGGGCCGCAAGAUGAUCCUCCGGAGAGAGCGCCUGCGAAGAAGGAGACGGGAUUAGCAGCUGAGGUCAAGCAUUCCAGGGGCUUUGAGCCGAGGAGGGUCCAGGCAGGGCGCCAGGGCCCGGGGCUCUUGGCCAACCCCCUCCCCAAUACAAAUUUUAGAAAGGAGAAGCUGAAGCAGGAGGAGGAGGAGGAGACCCUGAGCAAGGAUCAUGGAGGAGGAAGAGGAGGAGGAGCUGUGCUGAACACGGACCCCUCGGUGCUGGGCAAGUACCGGGCCGGCUUCAACGAGUGCGUGAACGAGGUGACGCGCUUCCUCUCCACCUGCGAGGGGGUCAACGCAGAGGUCCGCACCCGCCUCCUGGGCCACCUGGCCGGCUGCAUGAGCCAGAUCAGCGCCAUCCGCUUCCCGGCCGCUUCACAGCAGCAGCAGCCGCAGCCGCUCCCCUCGGCCCCCGGAUCCCAACCUGCGGCCUCCUUUGGCCAGGCACUGGUCCAGGUCCCAGCCACAGGCGCCCUUCCCACAGCUGGCAGUGGGACUCCCUGCAAGAUGGCACCCGGUGGCCCCGCAGUGGUCCCCGGAGAGGCCCCCCAGGUCUUGGGCGGCUUCCACUUGGUCCCAGCCUCUGACGGGCAGUUCGCCUUCCUCAUCCCCAACACGGCCUUUGCACCCCACGGCAGCAAUGCGGCCAUCCCUCUCUUCGCCGGCACAGGAGUCGGGUCAGGGGGGCUGCCUGUGCCAACAAAUGCCGUCUCGCCCAGAUCGGGCGCCCCCUCCCUCCCAUCAGACUCGGUUUGGAGACCUUGGUGAAGGCCCCGAUGGAGAGAUGCAGGGACACUUGCGGAGCGGCUUGGACUCGGUGGCAACCCAAGGUGUGUCCAGGUUCUAAGGUGCUCAAGACUUCAAAGGUCUUGAAACAAAGAGUGCUGGGGACUCUCGUGCUGAGUGAGCAUCUUUCAGGAGUGCUUUAGCUGUGUCUUCCAGCAUGGCAGAACGAGGUUGGACUGGGUGCCCUUUGGGGUCCCCUCCAGGUCUCAAGACCGGACUUUGUGGUCUUUUCUCUCCUUCUAGGAGAAGGUGGGAUUGGGGGGUGGGCUGGCCCCUUCCUCCAUUGGGCUUUGGUUACAGGAACUGGGUUAGCUUUACCCAGAAGAAUCUUGGAUUGGGAAGCCUCUUGGUGAGAACAGCAGAGCAGGCGGAAACUCGGAGGGAGGACUCGACCCCGGCCUCCUCCCUGCUUCGCAGCAAUAAAUACAAACCGCAGAGGAAGAGGCGCAAAAGUAUUUACCGGCAGCGUGUGUGUUUCCUUGCACAGGUCAAACCUCUUAAGGUAAAGGCGAUAGAAAAUAUAUGGUCCAAGUGGCAAAACAGAACAAUGGGACACUUUUCGUUUCAGAGGAAACACUCCAUUCUUUAGAUCUGCAUAAUAGAGGAUCUCAGAGAGAAGGAAAUAAUUUGCCCCAAUCCGCGUGGAUUUGUGCCUUCGUAUGUACAGCAGCCGACCCCGGCUCUUUUCCUUCUUGUGCAGGUUGGGGCUUGUGCGGGUUCCUUGCAGGUGCAAGGAAACAAGGAGCGGUCACGUGCCACCCUCCUUUCCCUUUUUUGAAUGACACCAAAGAUGUCUUUGUUCCAAAAGCAGGAAAGCCCCCCCCCCUCCUUCUUUCUGGAAGUUCUGUGAUGGAAAUAAAAAGGGACGGCUA